AGGGGGUUUAACCAAUCUGAUAAUCAUGUCUGUGGUAAAGGUUUUGUUUGGUGAAACUUGAAAGUAAAUAUAUUAAAAAUAAAAUCUAGUGAAAAUAAAGUUAAAACUUGUACUAAUCUUUUUAUAUUGUCAAAUAAUUUAUGUCUCUGUAAAUUCUACUCCUAAAAAAGUUAGAACAAGUAUUUAGCUUCAGUUAAAAAUGAAAAAAGAAAAAAGAAAGGUUAGAACAAAUACUUUUUUUAUAUUUAUUUAUUUAUUUAAAAAUUCCACCACAGAAAUUAAAAAAAAAAAGAAAAGGAAAAUAGAGAAGAGUCAUAGGCACAGGCAUAUUCUAGGGGCAUAAAAACAGAGUAAAAGGCCACCAUAUGUAAACGGAGGCAGAAAUGCUCAAACUCAAACCCUUACAACUCAAACAUUUUCCCUUGUUUUCUAGUCUCUUUUCUUCUUCAGCUUCUAACUACCUUAACUGUCACCUGAAUUCCUUCCUCUCCAACAGAUCCCCAGCUACCCUCCUGUCUCUUCUUCAAUCCCAUGCUCUCAUCCUAACCACUGGCAACUCAAGCAACAUCUUCCUAGCCGCAAAGCUCAUAUCUUUAUAUGCCUCUUUGGGUAAACCCGAUCUUUCCACUGAGGUAUUCGAUUCGCUUUGCUCCCCAAAAGACAUCUUUCUUUGGAACUCCAUAAUUAAGUCUCACUUUUCCAAUGGCAACUACCCGGAAUCUUUUUCCUACUAUGUCGAUAUGCGAUUGUCUGAAGUUUUGCCUAGUGAUUUCACCAUUCCCAUGGUUGUGGGUGGUUGUGCGGAGCUCUGUUGGCUAGAUUGUGGGAGAUAUGUGCAUGGGCUGGUGUCAAAAUGUGGCUUUUUCAACGAAAAUUCUGCAGUUGGAUCUUCUUUUGUGUAUAUGUACGCAAAGUGCGGAUCAAUGGAGAAUGCUUGUCUUGUGUUCGAUGAAAUUAUUGUGAGAGAUGUGGUUAGUUGGACUGCACUUGUCAUUGGGUAUGUACAGAACGGAGACAGUGAAAGGGGGUUGGAAUGUCUUCGUGAGAUGAUUAGGGUUGGAGGGGAUGAUGAAAGGCCUAAUUUUAGAACAUUGGAAGGUGGGUUUCACGCUUGUGGGAAAUUAGGGUUAUUGGCUGAAGGUAGGUGUUUGCAUGGUUUGGUUGUCAAAUCUGGACUUGACUGUUAUGUAGUUGUUCAAUCUUCAGUUUUGUUGUUGUAUUCCAAAUGGGGUAAUAUAGGGGAAGCGUAUGCUUCAUUUUGUGAAGUUGUUGAUAAAGAUAUCAUCUCAUGGACAUCAAUUAUUGGUGUCUAUGCAAGAUUUGGUCUCAUGAAGGAAUCCACGGACUUGUUUUGGAAAAUGCAGGAUGAUGGAAUCUGUCCAGAUGGAGUUGUAAUCAGUUGUAUGUUCUUGGGGUUUGGGAAUUUCAUGAGUGCAUGUGAAGGAAAGGCCUUUCAUGGAUUGAUCGUGAGAAGGCAUUACAUGUUAGAUCAGACGGUUCAGAAUGCGUUAUUAUCUAUGUACUGCAAAUUUGGACUCCUGUCUGUAGCAGAUCAGCUCUUUGGAUUUAUGCCAGAGCAUAACACAGAGUCUUGGAAUACAAUGGUUUCGGGCUAUUCUAAGAUGGGAAAUGAAGCACAAAGUAUAAGAUUAUUUAGAGAGAUGCAACAUCUUGGAAUUGAAACUGAUUCAAACAGCUUAGUCUCUGUGAUUGUUUCGUGUUCCCAAUUAGGAGCAAUCUGCAUUGGGCUCUCUGUUCAUGGUUACAUAAUUAAAAAUCACAUGGGUGACAACAUCUCAAUUGCCAAUUCACUCAUUGAUAUGUAUGGUAAAAGUGGUAAACAGACAUUUGCAAGGAGGAUAUUUCAAAGGACACCGAGAGAUGUUAUCACGUGGAAUUCAAUGAUAUCUUCAUAUACUCAUUGUGGGAAUUUUGCUGAGGCUGUAGCCUUAUUUGAAGAAAUGGUUUUAGGCAGCUUGAAGCCCAACUUGGCAACAUUCAUAACUGUGCUUUCAGCUUGUUCUCAUCUUGCAUCUUCAGAGAAAGGAGAAACAAUUCAUAAUUACAUCAAGGAAGAAGGGUAUGAGCUCAGUCAAUCCCUUGCUACUUCAUUGGUUGACAUGUAUGCAAAAUGUGGGCGACUUGAAAAAUCAAGAGAGUUGUUCGAUUCAAUGAAGGAAAGGGAUGCAGUUUCUUGGAAUGUGAUGAUAUCAGGUUAUGGAAUGCAUGGAGAUGCAGAAUUAGCAUUUCAAGUUUUCCAGCAGAUGGAGACAUCAAAUGUUAAACCAAAUGCUCUUACCUUUCUAGCUCUUCUCUCCUCUUGUACUCAUUCAGGCCUUGUUGAAGAAGGGAAGUAUUUGUUUGAUAGAAUGCACCAUUAUUCUCUGAAGCCCAAUUUGAAACAUUAUGCUUGUAUGGUGGACCUUCUUGGCAGAUCAGGGAAUCUUCAGGAAGCUGAGGCAUUGGUUAUGUCAAUGCCCAUGACUCCUGAUGGGGGUGUGUGGGGGGCCUUGUUGAGUUCUUGUAUAAUUCAUGAUGAAAUUGAAAUGGGAAUAAGGAUAGCAAAGCGUGCUAUUGAAUCUGAUCCUGACAAUGAUGGUUACUACAUCACAAUUUCUAACAUGUAUAGUUCUACUGGAAGGUGGAAGGAGGCAGAAAGGGCAAGAGAAGUUUUGAAGGAAAGGGGUAUGGCGAAAAAAGCUGCUUGGAGUGCACUGUAAUAAAUAGGAGAUCAUCACCUUGGCAGUGCGGUAGUCGCACUAUUAACUGUAGCAGCAGGUUAGAUCUGAGCUGUUGGGUUAAGAACUAGAAGAAUGAUGAAGAGAUGCAAAAGGGAUUUCAUAGUCCUGAAGCAGAUUAUUUUUGGUUGUUAGGGUCAAGGUUCAAUAAUAUCUUGCUAUAUAUGGAGGAGAACAGAAUAGGAAACAGGAAUGAUGUUUAAAUGUAAAUGUAUUUGGUGAGCUUCUUUGUUUCUUCCCUAACUAGAGGGAUUAUUACGUUGGAAUAAUAUACUCUCCUUUUAAUAAACCUUUGUCAUUUCA